AUGGACAAAAUCCUAAACUUUCAAAAACAUAAAACCACUUCAUUUUUAUAUUCGAAAAAUAUUUACUUUUUUGUUGAUAAAUCCAAAGAUUGGAAAAUAUUACUUAUAAUAUCAUUAACAACUAUAAUCCAAGGUAUUGUACCAUGUAUAAUCAGUAUUUUAACUGGUAAAUGCUUUGGCCUCCUAGAAAAUACAACAAGCAUAUCAUUAUCAUCCAAUGGUAAUAUAAAUAAUCAAUUAACUCUAAAACCAAUGGCCAUACUAGCCACUGGUGCUGCUGCACUACCAAUUGCUUGGGUCAAUAUUGCUAAAUGGAUGGAUUUAGGAGAAAGACAAAGCAUUAGGUCAAGAAGAAGAUUACUUCUGGGUUAUUUAGGUAAACACAUGGGAUGGUAUGACAAGGAAAUAAAAUUAAGUGGUUCAUUCACACAAACUAAUAGAUGCGUAGAAGAAUUAAGAAAUAGUUCUUCUCAGGCAAGUGCUGUUAUUUUCCAAAACUUUGUCACCAUUAUUUCUCUAAUUCUUACCGCAUUUACCUAUUCAUGGUCAAUGACUCUUGUUAUUUUGGCUUCAUCUCCAGUUAUAGCAAUUAUUGCAAGUAGAUGUUCUACAAUAAUCGAAAAAUAUACGAAAUUGGAAAACAAUGAAUCUAUGAAGGGUGCAAAUAAAGUAUUAUGGUGUGUGGACUCGCAAAUAAUGGUUAAAUUAUUUUCUACGCAAAUGCUUGAACUUUUAAACUUUAGAAAAAUUGCGAGAAAUUGCAAUAAUUAUUUCAUUAAGUAUGCCUUUGCAUUUUCACUAAAUCAAGGUUGUUUACGAUGUUUAUCUUUAUGGAUGUUUGUGCAAGGUUUUUGGUUUGCUAAUAGUCAAAUUAAAAAGAAUAAGUUAACUACUACAAACGCUAUGACUUGUUUUUCUGCUUGUGUUUUGUUAGGUGCAACUUUAGUAAGUUCUUUACACCAAAUUGUGGCAUUGCAAAGGGGGAAAGUUGCACUAUCUCAAAUCCAGAAACAAAUAUCAAUAAAUAACUCUUUGGAAGUGCAAAAGUUUCAUGCUCAACAACUAAUUUCCUAUGUUAAUCCAUCAUGUAAUAUUGAAUUCAAGGGGGUAAGUUUUUCAUAUCCAUCAAGAAAGACAGAUUUAGUUUUAAAUCACAUUAAUAUAUCAUUUCAAAAAAAUUGCACCACAUUUAUCAUUGGUAAAUCCGGAUCUGGUAAAUCUACCUUGGGAAAUUUGUUAUUAAAGUUAUACGAUAAUUAUGAGGGUUCUAUAAUCUUAGAUGGGAUUAAUCUCGCUGCCAUAGAUAAAGAUUGGCUUUUUUCUAAUAUAACAUAUGUCGAACAAAAAUGCACCUUAUUCAAUGACACAAUUAAAAACAAUAUUUUAAUGGGUUCUGAAGAUCCCACAACUGUGAACAACUCAUUGUUAAAGCAUUCUUGUCAAUUGGCGUUAUUGGAAAAUGUAUUAUUAAAUCUUCCGGAGGGCUUAAAUACCAUAAUAGGUACCAAUGGCAUAAGUCUAAGUGGUGGGCAGCAACAAAAAGUUGCGCUGGCGCGUGCCUUUUAUAGAAACACACCAAUUUUAAUUCUGGAUGAGGCUUUAAGCGCCCUGGAUAUUGUUCAGCGUGAUUUAAUUAUGAAAGCUAUUAGGAACCACAGAGCUGGCAAAACAACAGUAAUAUUAACUCAUGAUUUAACGCAAAUAAGUUCUGAGGAUUUUGUCUAUCUUCUUGAAAAUGGUGAAGUUAAAGAGUUUGGGCUUCAAAAAAAUUCACUAAAAGAUGUAAACUCCAAAUUAGCCAACUAUUGGUUUUUACAAAACAUUAAAACUGGACAAGAAGAAGCUAAAACACCAAUAAGCCAUCAAACCACGGUUUUGGAUCCUAAUAGCAGUAUUUAUUUACAGAAAAAUUUUACUUCAUCUAAAAUAAGCGAACUGAAAGAAUGCUUAAAUGACGAUGAUGAUUUAUCUGCUACAGAAACUAUUACAGUUCCAUUCUACAAAGAAAACGAAAAAGCACUAUCUCCAGGAUAUCUUCAAAAACAAGCCGACAGAAAUUCUAUCCUUUGUGGGCCAGAUAUUACUGGCGUUUUACCUGAACCAUUUUCUAUACUUGGUAAGGAAAAUAAUACUAGCGUGAAUCUCAAAAAAAGUAAAAAUGAGAAAAAAAGGAAGCGGAAAACCGAUGUUGAAAGUGGCGAUGUUUUAGGCAGGUUGGAUCCACUGCCUAUGAAAAAGGUUCUUUUCAUAAUGUUUUCGACCAUAAAACAUAAAAAAACAUUAGCAAUUGGUUUGAUUUUUGCAAUUGCAACAGGUGUUACUAAUCCUGUUUUUUCAUUUUGUUUCUCCAAAUUAUUGACUGCAGUUGUUCCUAACCAAGAGAAUACAAAUGUCGGGACUGCUGAAUAUUUAAUUAAAUGGUCCUUGAUUCUAUUUACAGUUUCAUUCAUAGACGGUGUUUGUACCUUUUUUGAGAAAUUUCUAUUAAAUUACUGUAGUGAGUAUUGGAUUAUGGAUUUAAGGAUUCUUGCAAUGAAAAAAAUUUUGGACCAGGAUAUGCUUUGGUAUUCAGCUGAGCUCAAUAAAGCUAGCGAAAUUUCUGCAUUACUUUUAAACGACUUGAGAGAUUUGAGGAUUUUAGCCUCUGAUUUUUUAGGUAUUAUUCUAAAAUUAGUAUUGUUAGCCUUUAUUGGUUUGACCUGGGCUAUUGUUGUUGGCUGGAAAUUAAGUUUGGUUUGCAUUUCUUUGUUCCCGAUGUUUAUUUUAUUUUCUGGUGUUUAUGGUUCAAUUUUGCAAAAACAUGAAAAUAAUUACAAAUCUGCUGUUUCUGAUUUAGAAAAUAAAAGUUAUGAAAUUAUUACUUCUAUUAAAACAAUAAGAAUUUUACGAUUGGAGUCAUAUUUUUUAGGCCAAUAUGCUCAAAUUGAAUCAAAAUUAAAAAAAAUAGGCCGUGCACGAGCCUGGGCUACUGGUUUCGGUGUUUCCGUUUUAGCCACACUGACAAUAGCUAUUCAAUCAAUUAUAUAUUACUACGGUUUAAAACUGGUCAUAACUAAAGAGUAUUCAGUGGAGAAAAUGUUUGAAACUUUAACACUGCUUUUAUUCACUAUAAUGUCAAGCAAUUCAUUAAUAAAUAGUAUUCCGGAACUUUCGCGAGGCCAACGGGCAGCAACCUAUGUAUUUAAUAUUAUUGACAGUCCAAUACUUACCGAAAGAAAGGACGCAAAUCCUGUUAGGAAAAGACAAUAUUUAAUUCGAAAUAAGGUUAACGGUCAAAAAUUGAUUCAAGUCAAAAAUCUUUCAUUUAGUUAUCCACAGCUUAAUUGUACUCUAUCUGCUAACAUAUAUAAGAAUUUGAAUUUGACUGUAAAUUUUAAUGAAAAAGUUGGUAUUGUUGGUGACUCUGGCUGCGGUAAAAGUACACUACUAAGCUUAUUUACAAAAUUAUACUUUGUUUCUAAUAAUACCAUAUUUGUUGAUGGAACUGAUAUAAACUUUUGGGAUAUAAAUGCUUUACGAAAUAAUAUUGGUUUGGUACAACAAACCCCUAAAUUUUUUCAAGGUACUGUAAGGGAAAAUUUGCUCUAUGGAUUACCAGUCAAAAUGUUUAAUGAUUGGGAGAUCCAUGAAUCUUUAAAAGCCACCAAUAUAUAUGAUUUUGUUAUGGCUUUGCCAAGGAGAUUAGAUACAGAAAUAGAUACCAAUUUAAUGAGUGGUGGCCAAUUACAACGGUUAGCAAUCAGUAGAUCUUUGUUGCACAAUCCUGUUUUGUUACUAUUAGAUGAGUGUACUUCUGCUUUAGACGCAUUCAAUGCUGAUAAGAUCGAACAAAUGAUUAAAAAUAAAAUACGUAAUAAAUCGGUGCUAAUUGUUACACAUUCAAAAUCCAUGAUGAAAAUUUGUGACAGGCUUUUGGUUAUGAAAGAAGGUGUUAUUUGCGAGGAGGGAACAUUUUCAGAAUUAAUGGAAAAAAAGGGUGAAUUGUAUAGAAUUUUCAAUUUGGAUUUACAAUAA